UCUCCCGUCAGACAGCAGGUCAGUGUUCAGGGGGAUGCAGCGGACACGCCUGAUGAUGCCGCCGUUCAUCGAGGCCCAUCUGGGCCUCUUCGUCUGUUAGGGAGAACGUAUUAUUCAGUUUUACUUUAAAACUUUAUUUUCAAACUUUAAAAGUUUACUAGGUGUAGUUUGGGGUAGUGUUUGGCUCUACUGAGAUCUGCCUCCUCCAGGAAGGUUCGCCUCCUCCCUGCUGCCAUGAGCGGCCUCCUCGCGGUGUGGCUGUGCUCGCUGCUCUGCCUCCUGCCUCUGGAGAUCCAGUCCCGGGAUCUGAGAGCUCACAGACACAGGUUGAGUGCAUCCAGAAACCACAAAGAGUCGUCUCACCCCGGCUUCCCAUCUACUGUGUCUGAUCUCUCUGCAGCCAUCAGUAACCAAAUCCCCCAGGAAGACACACCAAACAUCUGGAGGGCCCCACCACACAGAGAUCCAUCGUCAAAGUUGUCAGACAUGUUGCUUCAUGGAGGCAACAACGUGCAGCCAGAGGUGCCGGUGCGGCAGCGGUGGUCGAGGGGUCGUCGUCAUGCCAACAGUGGUGGCGCAAGGGGCCAUGGUCACCUGAUGAGGGUGGGGUGCGUCCUCGGCACCUGUCAGGUGCAGAACCUCAGCCACCGUCUCUACCAGCUCGUUGGGCAGAACGGGAGGGAGGACUCCUCCCCCAUUAACCCCCGCAGCCCCCACAGCUACGGUUAACGUCACACCCCUAAUCCAGCCAGACGAGUUUCACUGGAACGUUAAUUUUUUUACCGGAUCGUUCAUUUCAGCUGGACCAGAGAUAGAGAAAUCAACAAAUCGACGAUAGUUUG